UGUCGGAUUGUUGAAAGAAGAAAAUUAUCUUUCGUUUCACUCUGCAUGUAUUCAUCGAAUAAAUGGCAUAUAUUCGCGUAUAAUGGCGGUUAAGUUGCAGUGUCACUUUGCCGCGACCCGCACUAUCAUACCGGACAAAUGACGGAAGAUGAGAACGUUACGUUCCGUGAUACGGAUAGCUUUCGUUGGGAUUACCGUGUAUUCCGUGCUGUCAUCAGUGCUAAUUUACGUUUUCCUUCAAUGGUGGUCAAUUGGCGUAUUGAAAUCCGGCUCUGAAAAAGGUACCAGCAACAACACAAGUUCCUGCAAGCAAGGACGUCGCCCACUCAACGUACUUUCUCGCGACUUCACACCAAAGGAUGAAAUUGCGUUGCAUGGCUGGUGGCAGGACCAGGCUACGGUCAAGAGUGACGUGCAGUGCUUUAACGAGCCGUGGGCCUUAUGUUCGACUGCAUUUUCCAUAACCUGCAAGCCCACCACAGUGCGAGCUGUCUACCAACAUGUAUCAUUCAGACGGAAUCUCCUGCUACGCAGCUUUCGUCUCAGCGUUCGCGCUUCCGCGGAACAGCUCGAGUCACAGGCAGCUGACUCGUUCCUUGGGGCCUUGGUCCUCGUUAAGCUGAGUGACGGCUCCGAGGAAUUCCACAGUGUGAGCUUCUCUCCGAGCACCAGUACACUGACGCAAAGAGAUGGCCUCUACACCGUGUCGAAGCCGAGCUGCACAAUUUUCACAGCCACAGUCAUGCUCAGCUGCUACGGCUAUGCUGGCACAAUUCACUUCACAGAUGUUGUCUUGACACCCAUCACAGAGCAGGACAAUUAUUGUGGACACGAAAAUUUUGUUGUAGAGUGUCCCGACGUCAUGAAAGACACGCGUUUAAAGCCGAAGAUACGCCACGAACUCGUACUCGGCAAGGCAAAGCCGUCUGCGCGUAAGCGGCACCUCACGAAGGACGUUGCUCUUGUGACGCAGCUUUCCAUGGACAGGCUUCCAGUUUUGCAGCAUACCUUACAGCAUUGGGAAGGACCAGUGUCUCUAGUGGUGCACGUACCCAUCAAACCUGGUCAGCCAGACGACGACUGGCAGAAACUGUACAUACAGAAGAAGCUUCAAAUUCUCAAGCUACACCCCGACAGCCACGUUACGUUGGCGUACGAGUCGGCCGCCUACGGAGAUUACCCCAUAAACGCUCUUCGGAACCUCGCCAUUCGCCAAACCAAUUGCGAGUUCCUCCUCCUGGCUGACGCAGACUUCCAGCCCUCUCCAGACUUCCACAAGCACUUUCUUCUUGCCACGCGUUCCCUCUCCGGUGCAGACAAGACGGCCUUUGUUGUGCCAGCGUUCGAGUACAUUGACACGCCGCAAAAAUCCGACGGCGUUCCGCAGAGCAAGGACGAGCUCAUGCAGCUGCUGCACCGCCAGGAUCCCUUUGUUCAGCCGUUCCGCCAGGACGUAACCCCCGACUCUCAUCGCAUGACCGACUACUGGAAGUGGUACCGCACGGAUCGACCGUACCAGGUUUCGUCGUUCAGCGACAAGUACGAGCCGUACGUCGUGCUGAAGAACACUGUUCAGCUGCCCAUGUUUGACGAGCGGUUUUCAGGGUACGGCAUGAACAAGAUCACGCACGUGACGGAACUCUUUGCAGCGGGCUACACGUUUUACGUCCUUCCGGAUGUCUGGCUCAUUCACGUUCCGCACAAGCCGUCUGCUUACUUUGUCGACCACGUCCAGAAUCCCCAGCAUCGGUUGAGAAACCGAGUGCAACGGUUCGAAUUUUUAGUCGAGGUUCUUCGGAGGUACGGUCUCGGAAGUUGCGGCACCAGGACACUUGUGUCGCAUUGAUUUUUGAGGAUCCUAUUUAGGACAUACGUACAUUCUGCGUGGUAGGCAUUCCGCGAUGAACACUUUCUAUAUGAGGCACUCCUUGUGCUGCUUUCACGUGGUGGAGCGUGAUGUCAACAAGAGCAGCGAGCGUCCCAACAUCUCCUGCUUUCCCGUUUAAAAUCUUGCAUCAUUGUAUAGGAUGUAGCACUUAUGGACGUGGGUAUACACCACCACUCUGGAAAAUAUGGAAGAUACUCAGUGGCAAAAGUUUUCUCAGCAGAGGUUGUGUGCCGCAAGAAAUAUGAAAGCACCGAUUGGUGUCACGUACACGGGCCCUCUUGUAAUGUACAAUGUUACUCAGUCCUUUAGGAAUCUUCGAAAUGACCUUUACAAAAUAUAGAUGCCAUCCCGCCAUCCGGUUUUGAUGUAUCCUAAAUAUAUUCAAGGGAUAUUUAUA